ACCGGGGAGUUCGUUGGCCGCCUGUUGCCAGCUCAGCAGCCACACCCACCCACGCCAUCCCUAUCCCGGUGGUUACUCCAAGUUCCCCUCCCAAACCCCUCAUCCGCUCCCCCGUCCCCUCUCCGCUCUGGUCAAUUCACUCGCCAAAGUCUCCGUCCGAUCCGAUCUCCCAACCCGAACCCUAGAGUUGCCGAGCCGUCCCCAUGGAGACGAAGCCUGUCGCGCCGGCAGCGGGGCCGCCGACUCCGCGGUUUAGGCUGGGGAGGCAGUCGUCGCUGGCGCCCGACCACGUUGAGGGCGGUGGUGCGGGCGCGGCGGAGGGGCCGGCGGAGGCUGAGACGAACGGCGUGAUGCGCUUCCAGCUGAUGUACCUGGCCCACGAGGGCAACGCGGAGGGGAUCCGCGAGCUCCUCGACGGCGGCGCUGACCCCAACUUCCGCGACUCCGACGGCCGCACGGCGCUGCACAUCGCCGCAUGCGAGGGCCACCCCGACGUCGUCGAGCUACUCCUCCAGCGUGGCGCGGAGGCCGCCGUCGAGGACCAGUGGGGCAGCACGCCAUUGGCGGAUGCGAUGCAUUACCAGAAUCAUGAUGUGAUCAAGAUCUUGGAGAAGCAUGGCUCCAAGCUUAAGAUUGCUCCUAUGCAUGUGAACAACGGUCGUGAAGUUCCCGAAUACGAGAUUGACCCAAAUGAGCUUGAUUUCACUAAUUCCAGUAAUAUAUCUAAGGGUACAUAUAGGAAAGCAACAUGGAGGGGCAUUCCUGUUGCUGUUAAGAAGCUGGAUGAUGAUCUAAUUAUGGACGAGAACAAAGUGCAGGCAUUCAGGGAUGAGCUAGAUGUGCUACAACUUAUACGGCAUCCAAAUGUCGUGCAAUUUUUGGGUGCUGUAACACAAAGCAGCCCAAUGAUGAUUGUCAUGGAAUUUCUGCGCAAGGGUGAUUUGCGCACUCACUUGAAUAAGAAAGGAGCACUGGCCCCAUCAUAUGCAGUGAAGUUUGCCCUUGAUAUUGCAAGAGGAAUGAGUUACUUACAUGAACAUAAACCUCAAGCUAUCAUCCACCGUGACCUUGAGCCUUCAAACAUAUUGAGGGAUGACACUGGACAUCUGAAAGUGGCUGAUUUUGAUUUGUGUAAGAUGCUAAAAUGGAGAAGAAAGGUUAGAGAAGAGAAAGCAGUAACUUCUCCAGGCAAUGCUUGUAGGUAUGUGGCUCCAGAAGUUAUGCGAAAUGAAGAGUAUGAUACCAAAGUGGAUGUCUUCUCAUUCGCUUUGAUACUUCAGGAGAUGAUUGAAGGAUGUCUUCCUUAUCAUGAUAAGAAAAAUGGUGAAAUUGAAAAGGCACACAUUUCUAAAGAAAGGCCACCUUUUAGAGCUCCUCCAAAGCACUAUGCUCACGGGUUAAGAGAGCUGAUUGAGCAGUGCUGGAGUGAAAAUCCUGCGAACAGGCCUGAUUUUAGAGUAAUCAUCAAUCGGUUGUCUGCUAUCCAAAAUGAAAUAGCUCAAAGAAACCGUUGGAAGGUAAAACCACUCAAAUGUUUCCUGAGCUUCGAAGGAAUGUGGAAGAAAGAUCGCAAUGAGGGAAGCACCACCCGUUCAUCACGUUCGUCGCGAUCCAAUUUUUAACCACAAGCCUGAGUUGCUGAUUUCGUUUGGAGGAUCAUGAAUUCAUGAUUGAUGGAACAUCAACUCACUGUAUAUCAAAUCGCCGUGUUCUAAACUCUCUAGAAAGAACAGUUUUUGUAAGAACCAUUUAAAUAAUAUUCUAAUUAAUCAACAAGAGGAUCAUUAUUUAUAA